UCUUUUUUAAAUAAUGUGCGUGGAUGGAAGCCAAUCAGAGCGAGAGCGAGCCCUCUCCGCCCCGCGGGUGCGGCGCGCGGGUCCGGGAAUGCUCAGCCUGCGAGGCGAGCGGUGCGCCGCGCGGUCCGGUGCGCGCGCUGCUGCCGCUGCCCAGGACGGCGCCGCUGCCGGGGGAGCCGGGCGCGCGUCUCCGCUCCGCUCAGGAUAUCCUCUGAGAGCCAAGCAAAGAACAUUAAGGAAGGAAUGAAGCUGGAAGCGGCGCCCUGAGCGGAGGCACUCGGAGGGGGACUCGCUGGCCAGACUGCGGCCGUCAGCAUGAGGACCUCCCGGUACUUACUGCUGCUCUUUUGGGUUGGUCAGCCGUUCCCAACUCUCUCCACUCCGCUAUCCAAGAGGACUAGUGGUUUCCCGGCAAAGAAAAGGGCCCCGGAGCUCUCAGGAAACAGCAAGCAUGAGCUGAACCGUUCAAAAAGGAGUUGGAUGUGGAACCAGUUCUUUCUCCUGGAGGAAUACACCGGCUCGGAUUAUCAGUAUGUGGGCAAGUUACAUUCAGACCAGGAUAGAGGAGAUGGAUCACUUAAAUAUAUCCUUUCAGGAGAUGGAGCAGGAGAUCUCUUCAUUAUCAAUGAAAACACAGGCGACAUACAGGCCACCAAAAGGUUGGACAGGGAGGAAAAGCCAGUUUACAUCCUUCGAGCUCAAGCUAUUAACAGAAAGACAGGGAGACCUGUAGAGCCCGAGUCUGAAUUCAUCAUCAAGAUCCAUGACAUCAACGACAAUGAACCAAUAUUCACCAAGGAGAUUUACACAGCUACUGUUCCAGAAAUGUCUGAUGUCGGCACGUUUGUUGUCCAAGUCACUGCAACUGAUGCUGAUGACCCAACAUACGGGAACAGUGCGAAAGUUGUCUAUAGUAUCCUACAGGGACAGCCUUAUUUUUCAGUUGAAUCAGAAACAGGUAUCAUCAAGACAGCUUUGCUCAACAUGGAUCGAGAAAACAGAGAGCAGUACCAAGUGGUGAUUCAAGCCAAGGACAUGGGCGGCCAGAUGGGGGGACUGUCGGGGACGACCACAGUCAACAUCACGCUGACCGAUGUCAACGACAAUCCUCCCCGAUUCCCCCAGAGUACAUAUCAAUUUAAAACUCCUGAAUCUUCUCCGCCGGGUACACCCAUUGGCAGGAUCAAAGCCAGUGACGCUGAUAUAGGAGAAAAUGCUGAAAUCGUGUACAGUAUCACAGACGGUGAGGGACUGGAUAUGUUUGAUGUCAUCACUGACCAGGAAACUCAGGAAGGGAUUAUAACUGUCAGAAAGCUCUUGGACUUUGAAAAGAAGAAAGUAUACACCCUCAAGGUAGAAGCCUCCAAUCCUCGUGUAGAAACUCGGUUUCAAUACCUGGGUCCAUUCAAAGAUUCAGCCACGGUGAGAAUCGUGGUGGAGGAUGUCGAUGAGCCACCUGUCUUCAGCAAACUAGCCUAUGUCCUGCAAAUAAGAGAAGAUGCUCAGAUAAACACGACCAUAGGCUCAGUCACAGCUCAAGAUCCAGAUGCCAGCAGGAAUCCCAUCAAGUACUCUGUUGAUCGACACACAGAUAUGGACAGAAUAUUCAACAUUGAUUCUGGAAAUGGUUCGAUUUUUACAUCAAAACUUCUUGACCGGGAAACACUGCUGUGGCACAAUAUUACAGUGAUAGCGACAGAGAUUAAUAAUCCAAAGCAAAGUAGCCGAGUACCUCUAUAUAUUAAAGUUCUAGAUGUCAAUGACAACGCCCCAGAAUUUGCUGAGUUCUAUGAAACCUUUGUCUGUGAAAAAGCAAAGGCAGACCAGUUGAUCCAGACCCUACGAGCCAUUGACAAGGAUGACCCUCACAGUGGACAUCAGUUCUCUUUCUCUUUGGCCCCUGAAGCAACCAGUGGCUCAAACUUUACCAUUCGUGACAACAAAGACAACACGGCGGGAAUCUUAACUCGGAAAAAUGGCUAUAAUAGACAUGAGAUGAGCACCUAUCUCCUGCCUGUGGUCAUUUCAGACAACGACUACCCAGUUCAAAGCAGCACUGGGACAGUGACUGUCCGGGUCUGUGCAUGUGACCACCAUGGGAACAUGCAAUCCUGCCAUGCCGAGGCCCUCAUCCACCCUACGGGAUUGAGCACAGGGGCUCUGGUGGCCAUCCUUCUGUGCGUCGUGAUCCUACUAGUGACAGUGGUGCUGUUUGCAGCUCUGAGGCGGCAGCGAAAGAAAGAGCCCUUGAUCAUUUCCAAAGAGGACAUCAGAGACAACAUUGUCAGUUACAACGAUGAAGGUGGUGGGGAGGAAGACACCCAGGCCUUUGAUAUUGGCACCCUGAGGAAUCCUGAAGCCAUAGAGGACAACAAAUUACGCAGGGACAUUGUGCCUGAAGCUCUUUUUCUACCCCGACGGACUCCAACAGCUCGCGACAACACCGAUGUCAGAGAUUUCAUUAACCAAAGGUUAAAGGAAAAUGACACGGACCCCACUGCCCCGCCGUACGACUCCUUGGCCACCUACGCCUAUGAGGGCACCGGUUCGGUGGCCAAUUCUCUGAGCUCUCUGGAGUCUGUGACCACGGAUGGAGAUCAAGACUAUGAUUACCUUAGUGACUGGGGCCCUCGAUUCAAAAAGCUGGCAGAUAUGUAUGGCGGGGUAGACAGCGACAAAGACUCCUAAUUGGUUGCCUUUUUCAUUUCCCGGUAUGACACUGAAAUGUGUGAAGUGGCUAUUUCUUUCUAUUUAUCCACUAUUCCGUGAAGGGUUCUCUGUUGUACCCAUCCUGAAAGCCAAUGGCUGCAGUCCUUGUGGAUCCAAUGUUAGAGACUUUUUUCUAGUACACUUUUAUGAGCUUCCAAGAGGCAAAUUUUUAUUUUUUAGUGCAUCCAGUUAAUCAAGUCAGCCCAGUAGGCAGGCGCUGGAGCAGCGGACAGGGAGCUAUAUUUUCACUUUUUCUCUGAGGGCAGGUGGAACAUGCUGGUUACCACUGACCUGGCGUUUUAUGACAUCCAAAUUGCCUCAGGUCAGUUGACUGCCCUAACUGUACAUUUUACAUGCCGAUGAGACAAAGGAUUAUGCUUUAAUGACAAAGAUACAGUUUCAGUUAAAAAAAAAAAAAAGAAACAACUAGGGAGUCUUUCCUGUUAUAUCAGCUCACAAGGAGAUAAUAAUAAACUGCAUAAGGGUUGUAAGGUUGUGUAUUUCUGCCACGAAGAAUCUAAAAUGACAUUCAGCCAGUCUUGUUUGUGCUCUGAGAACUUUCUCUGGCAGCAGCUACUCAAAACAUCAAAUCUACAGAUGCUUUCAGAUUCUUUUAAGGAACAGAAGCAUUUUACAUUAUAUCAUUUAAAGAUAACAAUGACAAAAAAACUUAAGGCAUCAUUCCUUGCCAAUGCAAAAUGUGUUACACACAGGGGGUGCAAAAGAUUGCCUUUGCACCUAUAAAGAGAAAGAGAAAGUGGCUGAUAGUGUAAACAAAGGAAAUACUUAGCAUACUUGAAAGUUUUGGCCACCAAAUGUAUCAUAGAUCUCUUGAAAUUCUUUCAAAUAUCAGGCUAAUGACCAAUAAUGUAAUUGUUUAAGAGUUCUCAAAGGGUUUCUUUCUGGGACACGUGUCCUUGUAUGUAGUUGUCAAUAUUACUCUACUGUACCUGAAAGUCGCAGAGUCAAGUACAAUAAUUCUUAUUCCUCUGAAACUUCUUACACAACUGAUUUAGUAAAGAUACGUUAAAUAAAGCUCAAAUUCUACUCUUGGAGUUCAAGGAAGAGUGUAGAGCCAGCCACAUUUGAACUCUAUCCCGUGUCCCUCCAUUUGUCCCUCCAUACGUCUACAACAAACAGGUACAGAUGAACACUGAAAUCCCAGUAGAAACACAUAUUCCUUGACUGGAAGAUGGAUUCAAAAAUGCAACUUGGCUUCACGUCAAUGCAAGUGUUUAUGAUGGUAAUUAAAAUGCUAGUUGACCUUCAAAAGUAUUAAUAUUUUUCAUUGUUUAUAACUUUGCUUCCAUGGCAAAAGGAUGGCAAACCUACCAUCCUUGUCUUUGAAAUAAUGAUAAGUAAUGGUCUCAAACUAUGACAGAAAAGUAAUGUAAAAUCCAUCCAAUCCAUUAUUUCUCUAAUUAUGCACUUAGCAUUUUAGUCAGUUAUUAUCCAGGGGACCCAACUGAACUGAACUAAUCCUUCUGGCAGGUUCAAAUCAUUUACUGCAUAUGGCUGUACUAAUGACUUUUAUCAUUAGAAUCUUAUAAUGUGCAGUCAUCAGAAAUUUUUGAAGUACUGUAAUGAAAACGUUAUUUGAAAACUUUAAAAAUAGGCUCUAUGUACAUAUAUAAUAUAUAUGUAAGAAUAUGUUGACCACUUAUUAAUUGUAGGAAUUUAUUUCAAUCUAUGUUCAUUUUCUAGAGAUAAUCUUAGUAUCAUUUCCACUGGGGAAAAAUGUCAUCUCAGAAUAUAUUUUCUGUUUGGAAACACACUAUUGUUUGGUUAAGCUUUAAAUGGGAGUAUUACACAGGACAUAAAGGUAGCACUUUUAAAACAAGAGAAAUGUGGAGUUUGAGUUAGAGUGAAAACUUUUACAACUGUAUUGUUCCUUGUGUUCCCUGAAUGAUUUCCCAUAUUGUAAUGGACUGUCCUGUAUACUAACAAGUAUUUUAUGCUUCAUGCUUGGGCUAUUUCCAACUGUUAGGGUUUUCUUUUACUAGUUCUUCAGAUACACACAUCCACACAAAGACACACACGGAGGAAUGCAAACAAAUGUUAUAAGAGGGCUUCACAGCAACAAGUCGGUAUAUACUAUAGUCACAAGUAAAUAUUUAAAAGGAUAGAUUAGUAAAAGAAGUACUAAUACUGAUAGCAAUAGAACAGCACCUUAAUCCAAAAUUUACAGGAAAAUGAAAGCGUGCUCUCUGUCUCUGCGCUUCAUGUCAUGUAGUGAGUUGAGCCAAGAAAGAUGGUCCCAUCAAAAGUGUGUGUAUUGCCAAAGUCGGACUCCUGAACUUUUGGUGUUAAAUAGAAUUUCUGAGAGUUAACGCGGGGAAAUUUCCAGUGUUUCAGGGUGAAGUUGACUUUUCCCUUCUAAGUGAAAGUGUAGUUCUGCAAUGAAAUGUUUGAGAUUUCAGUGGCAGGGUGUUUUAUGUCACCCUGAACAUGGCAUAUUGUCUCAAGAACAGCUUGCUAUAACCAUUUUGAAUAACUGGUUAACUUCUUACAAUAAAAGCUACGAUAAAAAUCUACAGAAAAUUAGAUGCUCUGAGCCUAGGGCUGAAUAUUUAGCACUGUGUUCCUGUAAGUAUCAAGUUGGUGGGACUUUUUUCUCUAAGACUCCAUAGCAUCAUGCAGACAUUAAAAACAGCAGCUCCAUCCUCGCCCUGCUCGUCCUCACUUCCCUCCCACCAAAGACCAGCUUUAACACUACUCUAGGUGCAGAUUUUCUAAGUCCUGGGUCAACAUAAGAAAGUUUUAAGUUCAGUUUUCACCUUGUCUUGAUUUUUAGAUAUUGACAAUUCAAAAGUUGAAGGAGAGUGAAAAGUAAAAUUUUAAUAUGUUUUUAAUCACAGAAAUGAAAAAUUUAUUAAAACUGGGUUGCUUUUGUGUACAGGAUCAUUUCAAGGACAUUGAAACCUUACUGAUUUUUUUCCUCUUUCUAUCCAAGGGGAAGUAUUGCAUUAAACCACUAAGAUAUACCCUAAAAUAGAGGCUGGGGAUUUAGCUCAGCGGCAUAAGCGCCUGCCUUACAAGCGCAUGGUCAUGAGUUUGAUCCCUGGUACUGAUAAAAAGAAGAUAUACUGUAAAAUAAGCUAUGACUUUAAAAACAUUAGCCCAUUGCACCUAAGUUUAAAGCCCUUUCAUUCUGUGCCCACCUUCUGCUGAAAAUAUGUGUCUCCAAAUAAGUAAAUAAAUCACAUAAGAAAGAAAUAUAGUUUCAUAAAGUCAUAAGAGAAGAAGUCUGGGCACAGUAAAUACUAUUUCUUUUGGAACUUCCCUGGUUUUAUAGUCUGGGUGCAUAAAGGAAGGUUCAGCUACAAAAUUACUCCAUUUUUAGAUGGAACAAAGCUGGUGAUUCAAUUUAACUCAGUAUAAAAAUAUGUGGCUUAGUUUUCAUUUUCAGCUCCUGAAAAGUUGUGCAAGAAGUUCUUAAAAAUUGAAUCUGUAUCUUAGAAGCAUCCAAAUUUUGUGGCUCCAAAAUAACAUUGUGGUGUUUCUACUGCCUUAUUUCGAAGUACAUAAAUUUUAGAUGUCCUGCACUGUUGAGCAAUAUCUUACACCAAAUGUUUUGCCCCCAAAUGGAUAUUUCCUUUGGGAUAAGGAUACAUUACCCACCAACUGGACAUUCUGAGAUUCUAUACUUUGUAGCACCAUCAAAAAUAAGCAACUGAAAGGAAAGAAUAAGGUUGCUUCCCAUGCACAAACUGAAUUUUUAAAUCAGGUACUUCUUAUCAACUAAAUUCAUUCUCCCCAGGAACAGAGCCACAGAAUAAGCUCUUUUAUCCUAGUCACUAGUUUUGAAGUGGUGUAAUUACUUUGGCAGAACAGUCUAAAAAGUCGUGAUCCCCACUUUUUUUGAAAGACAUCUCCUGAAAGGGAUCAUUUUAGUGUGAUUUUAAUUUUUAUGUUUUAUCUAGAUGAAAUCUUUCUUGAAAUGUGACACUGUGACAAGGGACUCAAUCCAAAUAGUCUGCUGUGUUUAAAUUAGCACUGCAACCUAACCUUCUUCAUCAGGUUGUGAGAGUCAAGAGAUUAACACUUGGCAUGUGGAUCUCGAGGAAGAUGAACUGUUUCCUAAGAUUUGACAAACAGCUUUCUUUUUCAGAGAAUACAGAAUUACAGUACGGUCUCCUUAAAAGUUCAGUGACUAUUAUGGUUGCAGCAUUUUUAAUCUCCCUUUGGCAUCUUUAUGGAAUAAUUUUCUAAAGGAAUAAUUCUGAACUAAAAAUACCAGACCCCGACCACAUUUAAUGCAGAAAGCAAUAUCCUUUUAGGAAGCAAAUACAUUGACUCACACACUUGUUAAUAAAGAAAUAGCUCAUUUUUAAAGCUAAAAGUUUAUGGGCUCUGCAUCAUCAGUUUAAUUUAAGCAUUGCCGAGACAAUCUGUAAUCUACUCCUUAUUUUGUAAUACCUUAUUUAUGAUGCAUUUUCAUUUUCUAAUUUGGGGAGAACGUUAGCCUGACAGAGCCAGCAGAUGGAAGUGCAGAAAGCAGGUCAGAUGGAAACAAAGGCUAUUACCCACUAUAUUUCAGACAGGACGGAGGCACUUAGCUGAAGAGCCACUGGGUUAUUAGAUUAAUUUCAAAAGAGCUUUUACAAGUUGCUUAAUUCCAUUUUUUUAAAAACCCAUGGACCACAAACUCAAAUUUCUCCUCAAAUGGGGUUAAUUUGACAAAUGAGGCAUGGACCCAGCAUUGCAGAAAAAGCAUUCCACUAUAAUGAGAUCUUGGUCUUUCUUAGAGACUACGCUAUUUAUGUAAAUAUAUCUGGAGGCACCUUCUACAAGCUUUUAGUUUUCUAUGAUCUAUUAGUUUAGUGAUUAAAGAAUCAAAUGUAUAGAAUUCCUAGGCAUUCAGGGGGAAUGCUGUGUAGCAAAUGUAAAAUGGAUCUGCUCAGAAGAAACACAAGAACACUUCAAACCUACUGUACUGUUUUGUUGGUGAUUAUUUUCAUAGCUUUGAGAGUAAACUACAUCAACAUAGGCCUUAUAAUAAAUGCAAUGUGCGUCUUUAGUAAUACCAAGCUAAGGCAAUUUGGCAUUCUCCUACUGUGAUUUGUGACUUUAAACCAAGAAAAUAAAAGCUUUUUGGUAUUGAUCGUAUUUAAUUAAAAAUACUUGCAAGUAUAAAUUGAAACUGUUGCCACCCUUGAAGAUUUACUAGCUGGAGUGCUCUGUUCAUGUUGUUUUUCGCGGUAUCAUUCAUGUCUUCAGCAACGAGAAUACUUGGGGGAAACAAUCCCUGCUCAGCUUCCAUCCACAUUGUGAGUUACGGAGAUUUUCAUAACUUCACAGUUUACCUGGGAAAGUUUUCUGUAUUAGAGGAAUGGGAUUGGAACAAUUACCUUGUAGCUCAGUGUGGCCAGGCCUUUUGCUGUAGUCAAGUGGCAAAUCCGCACUCCUGGAAAUGGCUUAGUUUAUUUCAUUUUGUUUUCUCAGACUUAUAAAUUUGAAAAGAAUGCAAUUUAAAAAAUGAUUUCUCACAAAGAGUAAAUAUGCCUUUUGCAAACCAAUUUUUGUAACAAGUUAUUUAUAUGAUAUUACUUAAUAAACUGGGUUUUUUUCUAA